GGAAUGGACAAGUAGUAUCACAGCCCUGCCCUCCUCACCGGAGACUCGUCACAAUCAACCCCAUGUCCCUCUCAACCUUAUUUCCGAAUUUGAGGAUAGGACAUCAAUGGCCGUAAAUCCGACGAAUAGUGCCAAAGACACGACGAAGUUGUCACCGACCACACCCUCAAGGGUGACACAUUGACCUCUUUGAUGUUCUAAAUGGGAUACUGGCUAGAACCAACAGGCUCUCACAUGUAUUGAAAGCAUGGCUAUGGCCGUGAUCAAGUACAAAUAGGUUCGAACAUGUCCUUUUUCAAAGGGCGAUUCUUCACUUGACUAUCAAUCUUACCAACUAAACCCCAAUCUUACCAAUCUAUCUCACCUACUAUUAUUAUGGCUCAACCGACCACUCACGUUGUUCACGGUGGCAAACAAGCUUCGCCCACCAGCACAUGGACAAGCUUUGAGUGGGAAGAGCCUAAGCUGGGCAAACAAGUCCAUGGCGAAGUAACCACUGCCCGCGCUUUUGGGACUUCUGGAAACCUCUCAUCAGGAUUCUGGAGGACAGGCGCCACGUCCCCAGGCGCCAACAGCGAUGGGUCGCACAGCCUCACCUAUUCGUCUCCCCUUGGCGACGAGACCGCGUGCGUUAUUGACGGAUCCGCCACCUUGACAGUCGUCUCGACUGGGGCUAAAUACAAAGUCGGUCCUGGAUCAAUUAUUAGCUCUCCCAAGGGACUCGAGGUGUACUGGCAGAUCGAGGCUCCCUUUUUCAAGAAGUACUGGUGUAUCUGGAAUGGCACCAAAGCUGCUACCAACCCGCCAACUGAUCUUCUAAUUAGCAACGUCAGUGACAGUCCCGACUGGGUCAACUACAAUUUUACUGAGCCCAAGGAAGGCGAUCUCGUGGCUGGCGAGUUGUACUUCAUUCGUAAUGGAGGAUCGACUGGAUCCAUGCUGAGUGGAGUGUGGCGAUCUGGAAAAGGAAUUGCGGCUUCUGAUCUGGAUGAUGAAGGGACUUUAACGACACCUUAUACUGGAGUCCUUGGUGACGAAACAAUUCUUCUCCUUGAGGGCGAAGUUGAUGUCACGGAGACGGACAGUGGAAAGAAGCAUAGUUUCAGGGCAGGAGAUGCAAUUGGCCUGACAUCAGGCAUGCAUAUUACCUGGGUCUCCAAGGGUCCCUUUACAAAGAAGCUGUGGGUCAUUACCCGGGAUGUUGUUGAGUAAAGAGAAGACUGUAAAUAGAUCCAGUUGGGUCGGGUGGUUUGACAGAAAACAAGC